AUGACGGCCGAUUCGAGCGCAAGUGCAGGCGCUGCGCGCAACAACAGCGUUCCCGCCAAGCGCGCCAGCCCUCAAUCUUCCCUCUCUGUCCCUCCACCACCAUCAUCUCUCGAACGUCGUGGCUCUCUCACUCCUGGCGUCUUUGCCGAAGAGCCGCCCACCUUCGAGCCCACCAAUCCCAACACGUCUACUGGGUCGGCAUCUCUGGAUCAGACUGCGGCUCACUCUUCCUCCGACAUCACGAGCAAUACCCUCGCAGGCGCAUCGUCCUCUCUCUCCUCAUCCUCACCCGCUGAUCCUUCGUCGCAGCCACCAAGUGUUGACUACUUCAAGAGCGCCGCGCCAGCGAAGACGACUCUCAACGGUGAAGCUGACUCGCCUCGUGCUCAGCCUUCAGACCAAGCUUCAAGCAGCCAACUUCAACGCGAAAGCGAAAAGGCCGAAAAGGGCAUCAUCUCGGCAUCUCUUUCCAUCUCUAAGUCCACCUCGGACCAGACUGCCAGCAACAGUGCAGCCCAGCAAUCGUUCCUUGGUAACGGCGAGAAGGUGGUCGCAUCGCCUGCUCCAUUUGCUCCUCAGAACCUCAUCUCGAUGCGUCCCGAUGGCAUCGGCGGCAUGGGCCUCGGCACCGCUGCUACCGGUGACCUGGGGGCGCAAGCCGAAUUCGAGACACUCGACGAUAUGCGCAAAGUCGUCAAGGAUCUCGAAGACGACUUCAACGCAAAGCACCCCGAGAUGCCCCUCAGCGGUCGCAUCAUCCAUGUUAGCCACUACAUUCCCUUCGAGAUUCGUCCGCUGGCAGAGGUCGAGUUCGAGCGACAACGUGAAGAAAGGAUAGCUGCUACCGCCAGCGUUGCUGCCAUGGCGGCCGCCGCUCGAGCACGAAAGGCGGCCAAACUAGCAGCACAGGCUGAAAAGCGCGAGAUGGAGGCUCAACGUGAGCUCCAACGUCAAGCUGGUUUGCAGGAGAUCGUUUCGCGCAAGAACAGCUUCCGCGCUAGCUCACGCCGAUCUUCGUUCGCAACCGGGUUCGGCAUGACUGGUCUCGAAGGUCAGGACUUCGAAGCACGACUCCGAGAGAACCAAGAACGCUCCCGACGCCGCGCUGGACGAAGGGCAUGGAUGAUGACAGAGGUCGUCGACGACACCAGCGAGUGUUCCGAGGAUGACCGUUUCACACCUGUCGGAUCGCGCAGAGGCUCCAUGUGGGCGCCCAGCAGUCGUGGAAGCUUCAGCAGCGUCGUUCAGGAGCCGUGGAAGCAGUGGGGCAGCGUCAGCGACACCAACAGCCCCUUUGUCGACUCGCCUCCUACCGCGCCGCCGCCUCCUCAGUGGGUGCUCACCGCACGACGCGGACAUACUGCUCUCAACAGCGGUAUUCGCAGCCUGUGCACCAGUCACCGUCAGACCUUCAUCGGAUGGCCCGGCGACGUUCGCUUUGCCGCUCAGGCGCGCGACGACCAGCGCAACGACCCUUCCGAGACCACCAACAACGAGAAGCGCGAGAUCGAAGAGGUGCUUGCUUCGCUCGACCAAGCCAGUGCAUGGGUCACGCAGCAGGGUCCGGUCGCAGGUGCUCCCAUCGAUCCAGCUUCCAACCAGCCACCCGUGGGCAAGGUGCCAAUUCCCGUCAUGAACGGUGCCGAGCCUGUUGGUUCUGGCGAUCCUACUACGCGCCUCAAUGGCAUCUCUGGCGAUGACAAGGCUGCAACCGCCGCCGCCACUUCUGCACACAACAAUCGUUCUGCUGCCGCGAUGAACUCGGUCGACGAAGAACACGGCAUCAAGUAUGUGCCCGUCUGGCUCGACUACAACAUCGCACACGGCCACUACGAGGGCUACUGCAAAGCCACGCUCUGGCCGCUCUUCCACUACCUUCUCUGGCAGGAUGUCAACUCGGAACGUCGAGCCUGGGAAGAGUACAGCUGGGACGCGUACUACGCCGCCAACGAGGCCUUUGCCAAGCGCAUCGCCGAAGAAUACAAGCCCGGUGACCUCGUUUGGAUCCACGACUACCAUCUCUUGCUCGUGCCGCUCAUGCUGCGCAAGCUCGUGCCCGAUGCUACGAUCGGCCUCUUUGUUCACGCCCCCUUCCCCAGUAGCGAGGUGUUCCGCUGCCUGCCCAAACGUAAGGAGAUCCUUGAAGGCAUGCUCGGCGCCGACUUGGCGUGCUUUCAGGCGUUCAGCUACUCGCGCCACUUCCUGUCGUCGUGCAUCCGCGUCUGCGGCUACGAGGCGUCUUCCAAUGCCGUCGAGUCCUCCAACGGCCACGUCACUAACAUCACCUACAACCCGAUCGGCAUCGACUCGGUCAAGAUCGCCAAGGACAGCUCGUCCGAAGGCGUCCUUCCCAAGAUCGAGGCGAUUCGCGAGAUGUACAAGGGCAAGAAGAUCCUCGUCGGACGGGACAAGCUCGACGUGGUCCGCGGCGUGGUCCAGAAGCUGCAGGCGUUCCACAAGUUCCUCGCUGAGUAUCCGGAGUGGCGCAACAAGGUGGUGCUCAUCCAGGUGACGGCGCCUGCGCUGAACGACUCGCCCAAGCUCGAGCGCCAGGUGUCCGAGCUGGUCUCGCACAUCAAUGGCGAGUUUGGCUCGCUCAGUUUCACGCCCGUGCACCACUACCACCAGAUCAUCGACCGGGAUGAGUACUUUGCGCUCCUCAGCGUGGCCGACCUGGCGCUCAUCACCUCGGUCCGCGAUGGCAUGAACACCACGUCGAUGGAAUACAUCAUCUGCCAGAACCGGUUCAACAAGAGUCCGCUCAUUCUCUCCGAGUUCACGGGAACGGCGGGUCGAAUGCGAUCCGCCAUCCAGGUCAACCCGUGGAACAUCUUUGGUGUGGCCAAAGCCAUCGACUAUGCGCUGCGCCUCACAGACGAGGAGAAGCGAGCGCGACACGAUCAGCUGUACCACCAAGUGGUGAUGCAUACCUCCCACACCUGGGCCGCUGGACUCGUCAAACAGCUUCUCACCCGCCUUCACAACGAGCAUUCCGCGCACCUAACCCCACCCUUGGACCGCAAAGAGAUGGUGGCCAAGCACGCCGCCGCCGGCAAACGCCUUCUCCUCCUCGACUACGAUGGCACGCUGACCCCCAUUGUCAAAGUACCCGAGAUGGCCCUACCUUCCGACCGACUGCUCAAAGCGCUCGAGGUGCUCUCCGCCGAUCCGCGCAACGUGAUCUACAUCAUCUCGGGUCGAGACGGCGGCUUCCUCAGCAAGCAUCUCGGCCAAUUCCGUCAAAUCGGCUUUUCCGCAGAACACGGCGGAUUCGUCAAAGAACCCGGUCAGGACGAGUACCGCAAUUUGACAGAAGCGCUCGAUAUGACGUGGAUGAAGGACAUCCGCUCCGUCUUCGAGUACUACACCGAGCGUACGGCGGGUAGCUUUAUCGAGAUGAAGAAGUCCGCCAUCACAUGGCAUUAUCGAGCUGCCGAUCCGGAUUUCGGCUCUUUCCAGGCAAAAGAGUGUCAGGCGCACCUGGAGAAUUUGACGAGCCAGAACAAGUUGGCCAUCGAAGUGUUGGUGGGGAAGAAGAAUCUGGAGGUUCGACCCCUGGCGAUUAACAAGGGGGAGAUCGUUAAGCGGAUUCUGUACGAUCAUCCGGAUGCCGAAUUCGUUUUUUGCGCAGGAGACGACAAGACGGACGAAGACAUGUUCCGGACGCUGUUCAACCUCGCCCCCUCCUCCCCAGAGCAGGAGGCGCACGUGGAGAACCCGAGUAAGAGUCUCGCUCCGCCCAGGGAGACACCCAAGGAUCAGAGUCUGAUUAUCAGCCCCCCGACGCCGCUCAAGAGCAACUCGCCCGUGGGCAGUCCGAAGAAGUUGAAGCUGACCCGGAGUGGGAUCUAUACGACCAUGAUCGGGCCGAACAACCGCAAGACGCUGGCCGAGUGGCAUGUGGAUAGCUGCGAGCGGAUCAUCGAUGGGUUGGCCGAGAUGGCGGGCAUUGCCAGUGUCGAGGAGGAUGCGCCGAGUGUUCGGGCGAAGGAAGGGGUGGAGGGUGGUGCGGAGGAGACGAUGGACGAGUAG